AUGGGUUUCGGAGACGACAUUAAAGAAUUCGAGAACGAUGCUACGGGACAGGGUGGAAAAGAUGGCGAUAACAACGCGAAUAAUCAAAAUGGCAGCAAUGACAAGACGGAAGACACAUUGGUAGACUCUGCCGUCGACCAGUUUGCAGGCAAGGAAGGUCUUCCAGCUGGCGCAGACCCCGAAGUCAACAAUCUUGUCAACGACGAGGUCAACAAACUUUAA